GGCCGGUCCCGGGGAGGCGGUGAUGGGUUGACAGGUGCGUGACAGUCGGGAGCUUCUCCGCAGGCAUGUACGGCAAAGGCAAGAGCAACAGCAGCGUCCCGUCCGACAGCCAGGCCCGCGAGAAAUUAGCACUGUACGUAUAUGAAUAUCUGCUCCAUGUAGGAGCACAGAAAUCAGCCCAGACAUUUUUAUCAGAGAUAAGAUGGGAAAAAAACAUCACACUGGGGGAGCCCCCAGGAUUCUUGCAUUCCUGGUGGUGUGUGUUCUGGGAUCUUUACUGUGCAGCUCCAGAAAGACGAGAAACAUGUGAACACUCAAGUGAAGCAAAAGCCUUUCAUGACUACAGUGCUGCAGCAGCUCCCAGCCCAGUGCUAGGAAACAUUCCCCCAGGAGAUGGCAUGCCAGUAGGUCCAGUACCACCGGGGUUUUUUCAGCCUUUCAUGUCCCCCCGGUACCCUGGCGGUCCAAGGCCACCUCUCAGAAUACCCAACCAGGCCCUUGGAGGUGUCCCAGGGAGUCAACCCCUUCUGCCCAGCGGGAUGGACCCCACACGGCAGCAGGGUCAUCCAAACAUGGGUGGGCCAAUGCAGAGGAUGACUCCUCCAAGGGGAAUGGUGCCGCUAGGACCACAGUCUGACCCUUGGUUGUCGUUGCAGAACUAUGGAGGUGCCAUGAGACCCCCUCUGAACGCUUUAGGUGGCCCGGGGAUGCCUGGGAUGAACAUGGGUCCUGGGGGUGGUAGACCUUGGCCAAACCCAACCAAUGCCAAUUCUAUACCUUAUUCCUCAGCCUCUCCUGGGAACUACGUGGGUCCUCCAGGAGGUGGAGGGCCACCAGGAACACCCAUCAUGCCUAGUCCUGCAGAUUCAACCAACUCUGGAGACAACAUGUACACUUUAAUGAACGCUGUGCCACCUGGGCCCAACAGACCUAAUUUUCCACUGGGGCCUGGCUCAGAUGGACCCAUGAGCGGACUGGGUGGAAUGGACUCACAUCAUAUGAAUGGAUCAUUAGGCUCAGGAGACAUGGACAGUAUUUCCAAAAACUCUCCCAGUAACAUGAGCAUGAGCAACCAGCCUGGCACUCCCAGGGAUGACAGUGAGAUGGGUGGAAAUUUCCUAAACCCUUUCCAGAGUGAGAGUUACUCCCCUAGCAUGACAAUGAGUGUGUGACCCAUUCACAAGUGUCGACAUGAAGACCACAGUGAGUUGGCCCUCUCCAGAGAGCUACUGCAGAAGAAAAUUAUUUGUCCCAGUGUACAGUUUAACUAAAGGAUCUCAGACACAAUCAGACCCACCUGUUUGUUUUUUUUUUUUUCCUACCAUCCCCCCGUUUUUUGAAGAAAGUGGGUCCCAAACAUGCUUGAGACAACUGUAAGAAGUGACAUGAGAGAAGUGCCCGAGGUGGAGCUGCAAGCACCUGUCUGUGUGUGUACAUGUGUGGGUCAGAGUGGGGUGUGUGUGUGGCACCAAACACACACACACACAGACCCCAGGACACUGUAAAAUAGGAUCAUAUGACAUCUUACGUAGAAAUCAGAAGUAGGGACUUUUAUUCCAUUUCUUUUUUUUUUCUUUCACGUUUACAUUUUAAUUAUUAAAAUUUGCUUUCCCUCUCCCCUCCUGAACUGUUCUAUGUUGCAUAUAUCACUGCUUUAUAAGUUAUUUUUAAGUUGAACUCAAAGGAUAAAUUUUUUUGAUUUUGUUAGUGUCUGCCAUUAUGGAUAGGAAUAAAAUUGCUUAUAUGAGCUUUCAUUACCUUGUGUUUGAUACCAGCUACCCUGUGAAUCACAAAUUGUACUAUUUCAAGAAAUAGAAGAAAGCUCAUCUUAAUUUUUGGAGAAAUGUAAUAAUUCCACCUAGUUUGGGGAUUUUUUUUUAUACUUUGCCUUUAAGAGAAAAAGAAAAAAAAAAAAAAAGCACUGAAGGUUAUUUUUCUUCUUUAAUUGAAGCCUAAUAUCUGCAAUAUCUAUUUUAAAUGGAAGUCUGAAUUUGAUACAAGCUUCUCAGUUUAUAUAGAGUACUAUAAGGUUACUGUAAGUGAGCUCCAAUUGCUAUAGAAUCUAGCAAUAAAGUGUCAGGGCUCCUCUUGCCCUUGGAAUUGAGUUUUCUAUUUAGCAUGGUCUUCUGUAGGGGUGGUAGUUAGUGGAAUUAUGGUAGAAUCCUUAUCACCAAAACAUUUUCUAACGACUUACAAUUAUAUUUCCCAUUUUCAGUGAUUCUCAAACAAAUAUGAGCAAUCUGUGUUCCUAAUUAUAAACAGUAUUUCCCAAGCCCAUUUAGAAAAUCAGUUUCCAGUC